AUGGCAAAAUCAUAUUCAAAGUCUGAAUUUCACCAGUUAAUGGAGAAAGUGGAGGUAGUUAAUGUUAGGGUGAAGAAUUACUUGGAAUUGGUGGGAUACGAUAAGUGGGCUAGGUCAUAUGCAAUAGUUCAUAGGAGAUGGACUUUAACAUCAAAUAUUACAGAGUCAAUUAAUGUCGCACUGGUUUCAACUAGAGAACUUCCAAUAUACGCUUUUUUAGAGGAAGUUAGAUUGAUGUUUGAUAGAUGUAACUGUAAAAACAGACAGAAGGCAUUGUACACGCUGACAAAUGUUAUUAAAAAUUUCAAGCAAUUCUCUAAUAGAAUGAAGCAGCGUGUACACGUUAUACCAGCGUCAGAGUACGUCUAUACAGUCCACGACAAGGAGAAAUAUUUUAUUGUUUACCUAAAGGAAAAAAAAUAUUCUUGUCAUCCAUUCCAAUUGGAUGAGAUACCAUGUGUGCAUGCUUGUGUUGUACUUGAUAGCAAAAAUCUUGAAAAAGAAUCAUAUUGCUCUAAUCUGUACAAGUCAAAAACUGUGUUGAGAACGUAUGAUCUUCUUGUAUAUCCUCUACCACAUAAAAAUGACUGGGUGAUACCUCAGAAAAUAUUAGAGGAUGUAGUUUUGCCCUCAAAAUACAAGUGGCCCCCUGGAAGACCUGCAAAGAAGGAGCGUGGUAAAUCUGGAAAAGACAUGUUCGGAAAGAAAUGCAAAAUUGUUGUAGUUCAUGUGGACUAA